GAUCCAGAAUUAUCAUUUGAUAAGUUGAGGUUAAUAACUAUUGGGAGUUCUCCAGUGAAAGCACAAAAUGUAAAAUUUCUUCUCAAAUAUUUUCCAAGAGUGCUUAUUUCAAACAUGUACGGUGCCACCGAAUACUUUGGAAUGGUGUCAGGAAUAUAUAUGAAAUCCCCAAGUUAUGCGGGAGAAAUUCAACUUCCUUCUCUGGGUAUCGAUAUUCGUUGCUAUAACGAUAAAGGUGAAGCAGUUAUUGGUGAAAUGGGUACUGUGGUCAUCGCAACUCCAGCUCCAAAUCUGCCUUCCUAUUUAUGGAAAGAUACAGAUAAUAAAAUUCUUCAUUCAAAAUACCUUUCACAGUUCCCAGGUGUCUGGUGCCAAAGUGAUAACUGUAUUAUCAAUCCUGUCACCCAUGGCAUUUCCAUUAAGGGUCGAUGCGAUGAUACUUUUGUGCAAAAUGGUGAUCGAUUCGGACCAGAAGAUAUUUAUUUUGCAAUUCAUGGCAUUGAAGAAAUUGAAGAUUCAAUUUGCGUAGCACAAUAUAUACCAGAAAAAGAAGAAAGAGUAGUGCUGUUUGUUAAACUCAAGAAAGGCUAUGAGUUUACUCCGUCUUUUAAAUUAAAGAUAGAACGUAAAAUAGAAGACGAACUCUUUGAGGAUCUU